CAAUUGAAUGAUUCAAUUUGGAAUUACUCUCAAAUAUCCGAUGUGUCAAUUUCCAUGUUAUUUGGAGAGAAUAUUCGGAACAACCAUGGAUAAAAUAUUGAUAUUUUUUUCAGUGAAUACCACAUCAUUCGUAAAUUUUGCAUGUUUAUGUAGAUAUGAGCGAUUGUUACAUACAUGUAUAUGUAUGUAUAAAAACACUUCACAAGCGAUAUUCAACAGAUGAGCAUCAAUAUUUCAAUUUGAGAGAUUAUGUGUAAUCUUUGUAAAAUACAUUGAUGUCAGUAUUUUCAUGAAGCUGCAGUUCAUUUUAAAUUACAAUUUACUACGGAUCGUUGCAGAUGUAAAGGUAAUGUCCUCAACUUACGUUGAAACAUAUUUCACGUGAAUUGUUCAUAUCUGAACUGGUGAAGCAAUAAGAACGAGCUUUGAUGUUAACAGAAUAUGUAAAUGAGACUCAAUAACCGUUAAAGCCCCCUCCAAACAUCAAAUUAUUUGGGGCUGUGUCCGCUGGCAGCUCAUUGACGAACAGGUUCUACAAGAGACAAACAAAUCUAUCUGUUGAUAGCAACCGUAAUUUAUAUAAAUUCUAAUACCUCGACUCAGAUAUCGACCAAGUUCACUAUUGGAGAGACUGAUCAGAUAUAGAGGAACGAAAGUCACUUGACAUAAGAAAACAAAACACACAAACAUUGAACUAUGGGAGUCGUUGAUAAUUUUAAAUCGGCUAGUGUUUUUGGAAAAGUAUCUUUUAUAUUACUUUUACUUGCCACUUUUUUCAUCAUAAUUGCGUUCACGUGCACAGGAUGGGCAGAAAGCAACGAAACAUACGGUGGUGGUUAUAAAAUUCACUGGGGAUUGUGGCGGCGGUGUACGAACCAGGAAUAUACGAGCGCGAUUGGAACCGUGUGUGUUCCUCUGGAUGGAUGGGCAAAUGAUUGGUACGCGUUUGCGCAGGCUGCAAGCUGUUUUGGGUUCUUCGGAAUACUUGUGGCGUUCUUCUUGGUUAUCCUCUACUUGUUUGUCAAUCAAUGCAAAUCUAAUGGAGAAGUUGCCACUGGGGCGGCCAUUAUUUGUUUGGUGACAGGAAUCAUACAGCUCAUAGGGUGCAUAGUAUUUGGUGCCAAAUGGGACGAUAUUUAUUAUGACCGCCAGGUCACAGUCAACACUAGACACGAGUUUACCUUGUCCUACGCCUUCGCGAUGGCCCUCAUCGCUUCUUUACUAGAAAUCGUUGCAGGAGUUCUUUUGAUUUUGGAAUGUAAGAAAGGAGGCGGUACUUCCGCUUCCGGCUAGAGAGAUGAGGAAUCAUAGACAAUUAACAAAUUAGAAUGAUCAUUACAAUUGAUUUUAUAUUGUAUGAAAUAUUUCGCAUGUUGAACACAAUUUGCCUUAUACAAUAUUUGUUAUUUCUACGCAGUAUUUUUUUAGUCAUUUAUUUUUGUAUGCACGUUUUUAGAUUCUUUGUGAUUUUGAAAUACUUGAUAUUAUUACAAAAUAUGUUCGCAAACAUUGUACAAGGACAUAGUGGUAUACACAUGAACUAUUCUAAAAUUAUUUAUUUGAUAGUUUAGUUAUUUCAGUUGCCAUUGGAAUUUCAAUAUGUGUGGAUUGGAGUUUUUAUUAAAGUACAUGUUAUAAAGAAUAUACCGGUAGUUUAUUGGGUGUUGAAAGCAAUUUUAGCUGUCAUUUUGGUGUCGAAAAUUUUUGUUGUAAAAAUUGUGAUUUACAAUUUCAAUGUAAGAAAAAAAUAAGGUAUAACCUUUGUUACUGAUAUUUGUGCUAGAACAUUUAUUCAGAAAUUCUGAAUGAAGCAAACGGAUUUCUAUAUAAUGGUAUAGCUCUACAUUGAAUAGAACCGAAAUCUUUAUUUUGAUAAAAUCUUAAGUUUAGUUUCAAUUUCCUUGAUAAUUAUGGUUUAAGUUACAUACAAAACUAUCAUAGAAGCACAUUUUUACAACAAAGUAAAAGGUUCGAUAUUGCUUUAACACGUGUAAAUACAUUAAGAGAUGAUAAUAAAAUUGUGCACUGAUAAUGCAACAUACAUUUG